GUAGACAAGCAGUAUGGCGGAAGAAGAUAGUGAAUUGGAGUUUGACAGGGUUACAAAAGAAUUUGAGAGUUUGUUGAAGACAAAUGCAGGCGACGAACGCGGACUCCAGAGCAAGACGUACUGUGAAAGAUUUUGCGAGUUGGUUGUGGAGCAAACAGGGUAUUGGCAGGUUCCUCUACCCCAGCUCCAGGUGUUGCAGAGUGCCCUGUGCUCUUUUGUCCAGGGUACAGCAUCCUUUCCCCCAGACUGUGAGCAUGUGCGCUUCACCCUGAGUAGCCUGGCCCUGAGUGUUUUUGAACUGCUGUUGUUCUUUGGAAGAGAUGAAUUUGUCGAGCAUCCUUUAAAAGACAUUCUAAACUCAUUUCAGGAAUGCUACGCGAACCUUGUAAGGCACCAGAAUGUGUACCUUCUGCAGGUCAGGCAUAUUAUCAAAGAUGGGGGUCCUUGGGCAAGCCCAGUACUUCAGGCCAUUCUCAAGGAUUCAGAGAUACCACAAGGGGAUGUGGAAAGAUAUCUGGGCUCAGAAGUAUAUGUUUUCUUUGAGCUUCGUGUACGUUACCUGGUAGCCUGUGAGAGGCUUCCAGAGGCCAUAGCACUGGCAAAGAGAUGCAGCCAGCACUCUGUUGCAGGGAGGCAUCUCUACUUCAUGCAAGCUUACCUCACUUGCCUUUGGAGAGCUUCUCUCCAUGAAUGCUUGCACAAGGAGAUGGCUGAUAUUGAUGGGAAGGAUGCUGUAGAGAUACUCUGUAUGGCAGAGAAUGAGCAGAAAGCUGAGACUGUUUUGAUGCUGAGUAAAGGCUUUCUCUCUCAGCAGCUCCAGAGAGGAGACAUGUACUACCUUUGGGAUUUGGUCUUUAUAUGGAGCAGACUUUACCUGCGAAUGAAUGCCUCAAAGGAGGCAUUUCUAGAGGAAUGCAGAGUAAUGAUUCAGUCAGUCACCAACUUAAAAGCAAUUUUCCCAUUCAUGAAGGUGAUUUUGGCAGAGCUAGGAAAAGUUGGCUUGGGGGUUUGUGUGGAGCUUUGUGCACGAGCCUUGCAGAUUGACCUAAAGAAUGAUCCAGUCACCAAGUCCCUCAUCUACAAAACCAUUGCAUAUCUACUCCCUAAUGACCUUGAAGUCUGUAGGGCUUGUGCGCUGCUAGUGUUCUUUCUAGAGCGAACUGUUGAAUCGUACAAGACCGUAUUCCUCUUAUACUCUCACCCCGAUCAACAAUACCAUGCAGAUAAUAGUCCUGUUGGGAAUAAUGCUCGCUUUGAGAUUCUCCAGAUCUUGAAGAAAGGCCUGUACUUUGACCCUGAGUUCUGGAGCCUUCUCAAUAUUGAGAAAAACUGUCUGAAGCUAAUGAGUGAUAAGGUUGCUGAAGCAGCCUUGUGUGAAAUCAUGCAAAAGGACAAGUGGGUGCCAAGUUACUGUAUGAAAGGACAUUGUCAGUGUCAUACUGAUUUCACAAACAGGACUGUCAGAAGUGUAGAAAAGCCUACCAACAAAAAUGGCAAAGAAGGAGAGAAUGUGAAAAUGCAGACUAAUUCUGCCUCAGGUGAAGCAUCCUCUAAACCUCCUGGCAAAAAGAGGGGAAGGAAGCCAGGGACACGCCUUGUAAAAGUUUCAGAGGCCUGUCCAGUUCGACAUUCUUUUAGACAAGUGGACUUGGCAAAGGUUCAUGUCCGGCAACUUAAUAGCAGGCGUCAGAGAUUCCUUGCUCGGCAGGCAGAGGGGAAGACUCUGAAACGUAGGGGUAGGAAACCACAGUGGCUUUUGGAAGAGUUAGCUGUCCAGGCAGAAAACAGUGUACCCAGACAAGGCAAAAAACCAGGAAGGAAACCAAAGCAGUUAAAUGUUUUGAUGGAUAUUUCAGUUGAGGAACCAAUAAGUGAAAUCACAAUGAGCCUUUCUUACCCUGAUAAUGAAGUUGACCUCUUUUCUGAUGUUCAGGCUUCGUUGUCUUCCACAGACACUGCUCAUUUGACUGAAAGCAGUUCUGUGAAAAGCAAAACUGAAGAGGUUCUGAAAUGGUCUUGUGACAGUGCUACAUCUCUUAUUGAUUUACUAUCAGCUGAAUCUACUCCAUGUUGCAAAAAAGACUUGAGGGUCAAGGAGGAGCUUGUUUUCUGUGAGCAAGGCCUUUCAAUGGUUCGAAAAUUCCAUACAUAUUCAAGAUCAUCUGAAGUUGAAGGAAUAGCAGUUGACCUUUUUAGCAGUGAUAAAGAGGUUAAGCCAGACCAUAUUGAAUUCAAGCAAGAAAAACUGUUGCAGUCUUCUGAGCUACAGAAUGAACCUCCUCAGAGCCCUAGAGCUGCCACACAGGUUGAAACUUUAGUAGAGAUUGAGGCUACACAAAUUCCGGCAACAAAUCUAGUGACCUCCUCUCCUGUUGAAGUCACUCUUGGGCCAAAUGAAGAAAUCAUUGUAGAGCAAAAGGCUAAUCCUGAAUUACCAAAUCAACAAGCUGCUGAUACCAAAUGUCCAGACAACACUGUUAGUGCUCCUGAAAUUAUUACUGUUGGUCCUCCACCAGAAGUGACUUUAUUUACCACAGAUGACACCACUCCUAUAUACGAUAGUAUGCCAGAGAACAACACAGGUCAUCAUGAGGAUGCUCCUGUUCUUACUGAAGUGAUGAACAUCCCUGAAAAUACACCUUCAACUUGUAGUGAAACUCAGUUUGCUGCUCCCUCUGAAACUUUGCCUGAGAAAACAGAAGAGCUAGUGUUGCAACCAACAUCUGAGGAGACGUUAAAGAACACUCACGCAGAUGUUAAUAGUCUAGUCUCUGGCCUCAUCCCCCAAAGUGAUGGAAGUCCCCAGCUUUCGUUUAACUGCAGACUUUGCAAUAAAGAAACCAAAUACCAUUGUAUACUACGGCAUGCACUGUGGCAUUAUCGGAUUGACAAAAAGUGCAUGUUUUGUCACAAAUGCUACACUCAUGGGCGCAGACCAUCACGCCAUAUUAAAAUGCACAUUGAAGCAUUGAGAAAAUCCAAUGGGCUUUUAAAAGAAAAUAUUUGCAAGGGUAUUGCUGACCUGCCUGAGACAGCAAUGCAAUAUGCCCAGACAACAAUGCUUAAACAUGUUAAACCAGUGCAGAAUAAGUUUAGAAAUAUUAAAAUGAGGUUAAACUGUAGUUUGGAAAUUGCACAAUUGCAUAAGGAAUGGGAUGGUUCAGAAUCUAAGGUAAGAUUGCGGACAAGGUUAGCAAAACAUUCAGAUCCCCCAAGUACAUCAGAAGAAAGAAAAGAGAAGGUUUGCCGGAAGAAGAGAAGGCGUUUAAGGAGGGUUUUGGCAGGGAGGUCUCAGUCCACAGAUGAGAACAAGAAAUUGUUUAGGAUGAGAUUAGCAAGGAAGAGAUUAGCAAAAACUAUUCAAGCACCAACGCCAGAGGAAGACAAUUCUAAUACCAUGGUCAACUCUGCUCACAUGAUAAAUGGAUUGAUCAGAAAAAGAAGAAAAAUUAAAAGUGUGAAAGAGGUAAAUAUCUCAGAUGAAAAAGCUCAGACAUCUUUAACACAUGGCAGCAGAGAGCAGAGAAUGGAGAAUGUCCAAUGUACAGAAAGUUGUGCAACCCACAAUGAUGUCAAGACUGAAACUGAGAAUGUAGGGAUACAUUACCAUAAUCACAAAGACACGAUUGGGGAAAAAAUAGAAGUACAAUAUGAAGACAAAAUUACCCUGAACUCUGUUCGGGCAAAGAAGAUUGUACCUGGAGAUCAUAAAAAGGAUGUUGUAGCUGUAAAAAGAAGGAAGAUGACAAAUGGUGAGGAUGAAGGUUCUGUGAAGAAAGAACACAAAGAAGAAACUAUAACAACUAAGGAAACCACGUCAAGCAAGGAAACAAAUGAUUUUAGAUUGCCUAAACAGUUAUCUACUCCAUUUCAGGGAAACCGAACAAGAGCAUCUACAGAGGUCAGAUGCCCUGUGGAGAUUUGUACGUUUACCGCAAAAUCAAUCCUUGUCCUUUCACAUGUGUUGUCACACCAUCAUGGUGACAAGAAGGCGCUUGUGUUCUUUUUUCAUUUUGCCAAGGAAAAAUGUCUUUAUUGCAGCAGGAAGGUAUUUAACACCCAGCAUUUCUUUGACCAUGUGAUUUGCCACAAAGGUGAGCUAAAGUUCCCAUGUUACCAUCAAGGCUGUAAGGAGAGGUACAAAACGCGUAUGGAGCUUUCAGAACACAUGGUAGGCCAUAAUCCUUUGCGAGCAAUGUGCUGCUUUCCUGGUUGCUCUAUGCAAGUUGAAAGUAUUUCACACCUGUAUAGACAUGAAAAAAUUCAUUACCGACUCGAUGCAAUUUUGGAACAAAAUGCAGUGCCCAAGAUAACUGAAUGCAUGGCUCCUCUAAGUCAGGAAGUUGGUAUGGAAGUUAAGCCAGAGUCGUCAACAAAUUCUUCAAAUGGUCUCCUAGUUCAGGGAGCAGGUCCUGCCUCUGCAAAUCAAGAUGAUGGGAAAACUUUCGUCCUAAAUAAAGGGUCUGUAAGCUAUAGUAGCAGAGACCAUAGGCUUCUUAAUGGGCAUGGUGAUAGUGACAAAGAUGUUCCACCCAAACCUUUCAAUGCAGCAAUCAAGGAGCAAGAACCAACAGGAAAACCUACAACUCAAAAAUACAUUCGACCUCUUCCCUCUGCUUAUCUGGAUGAGUCUUACCUUAGCAUGCCAAAACGCUGGAAGGAACCCCACAUGAACACAAAGUUACUGGGCUCUGUGACAAAAGCAGUAACGAACUCUACAAAGCAGCGUUGUUCUCGUUGUUUUGAGUCUUUCAGCAGUGAGGAAGAGCUGCAAUCACACAAGGACAAAUGCACAUCUCUCUUUGGCUUUGAUUCGGAUGAUGAAAGUAUCUCCUGAAAUUGCAGACAGGCCUUUCUACUGAGGCGACGGCCACCAGUGAGACCUGUUGUUAAAUGCUGCUGUUGUCAAUCAGAGUUGUAAUCAUAUGGGCUUAAAACAUCUCUGUCAGCGUCUUUAUAUUAAGGACUACAUGGGAAGCAAACUUAUUCUUUGAAGUUCAGUCUAAUUCAUUUUCUGUUUUAUUUUAGAAUAAAGUUUGAGCUUUUAUCUCAUUGUAAAAUAUCUGACUUUGCAAAUUUGACACUGUAAUCUUACAGUAUAUAACACUUAGGAGUGCAAAGUGAUUUUUUUUUAAAAUAUAUAUAAUGUUCAUCUGCUUUGCUAGCAAAACAUAAA